UUGCUCCCAAGGGCCCGAAGAUCACGAUGACCCCGACGAGAGCUCGCGUCGGAGACACCGUGCGGAUCUUGGUGCAGGGAUUCCAGAAUGAAGUCUUCCCCGAGCCCCUCUUCACCUGGACACGAGUGGGGAGUCGGCUCCUCGACGGCAGUGCCGAGCACGAUGGCAAGGAGCUGGUUCUGGAGCGUGUGCCAGCCGAGCUCAACGGCUCCAUGUAUCGCUGCACUGCCCAGAACCCCCUGGGCUCCACCGACACCCACACCCGGCUCAUCGUUUUCGAAAACCCAAAUAUUCCCAGAGGACCAGAAGACUCCAACGGUUCACUUACCAGCCACUGCGGCUUCAGAUUAGUUUUGGCUCUCACCCUAACAGUGAUCCUGGAGCUAACGUGAAGCUUCACCUGCCUCUUCCUCCUCCUCUUCCUCCAUCCGGCUCCACCUGGCAUCGACACCUCUGUCAGUCGGUUCUCUUGCUCUUUUUUUUUCUAUACUAUUUACAGUCUCGGUCUCUUUCUGUCUGUGUCUUGGCUUCCUCAGACAAUUUAAUUAAAAGGAAAAA